UCAUAAUACUAACAAGUUGAGAUAAAUAUAAAAAAUGAUGUAUUUUAAUUAUUUUGUAGUUGCAUUAAUUUCCAUUAUUGUUAAAAUAAAUGGACAUGGAAUGAUGGUAGAUCCACCAUUUCGUGGUAAUGCUUGGCGCCAUGGAUUUUCAACACCAACAAAUUACGAUGAAACUGAAGUUUUUUGUGGUGGUGUUGGAGUACAGUACCAGCAAAAUAAAGGAAAAUGUGGUCCAUGUGGUGAUGAUUAUUCUCAAAAACAACCAAGAAGUAAUGAAAAUGGUGGACAUUAUGGAACCGGUGUUAUUGUUCGAACAUACAAAGCCAACACAGUGAUACCAGUUGAUAUACAUUUUGCCACAGCACAUUUAGGAUAUUUUGAAUUUUCCUUGUGUCAAUUGAUAAAUAAUGAGCCUGAAACUGAAGAAUGUUUUGAAGAAUUAUAUCUUGCUUCUGGUGAACGUAGAUAUCCUGUUACAAGUAAUUCACAUGAUAAAAAUUAUACUGCCAGUGUUGUUUUACCAAAAAAUUUAAUUUGCAAUCAUUGUUCAUUGAGAUGGCAUUAUAGAGCUGGUAAUAAUUGGGGAAUGUGUGAUGAUGGAGUUGGUAAAAUGGGAUGUGGUAAUCAAGAAACAUAUCGUAAUUGUGCAGAUGUAAAAAUUAUCAGUGCUUAACAAAAAAAAUAAACAAUUCUUUGAAAAUUGAUAAUAAUAAAAUAAAUAUACUUUCCAAUUAU